AUCUAUAUAGAUAUUGUUUUAUACACAUCUAACUAGUUAAAUUUCCAAUCAAUUAAUAUGUCCGUCACUAAAGUUUUUGCUCGUUACGUUUACGACUCCCGUGGUAACCCAACUGUCGAAGUUGACAUUCACACCGGUAAGGGUCUCUUCAGAGCCAUUGUCCCAUCUGGUGCUUCUACUGGUAUCCACGAAGCUUUGGAAUUGAGAGACGGUGACAAGUCUAAGUGGUUAGGUAAGGGUGUUUUGAAGGCUGUUGCCAACGUUAACGACACCAUUGCUCCAGCUUUCGUUAAGGCCAACCUUGACAUCACCAACCAAACUGCUGUCGAUGACUUCUUGAACUCUUUGGACGGUACCCCAAACAAGUCCAAGCUUGGUGCUAACGCCAUCUUGGGUGUCUCUUUGGCUGCUGCCAAGGCCGGUGCCGCUGAAAAGGAUGUCCCAUUGUACAAGCACUUGGCUGACAUUUCUGGUUCCAAGCAAGACAAGUACGUUCUUCCAGUUCCAUUCCAAAACGUUCUUAACGGUGGUUCCCACGCUGGUGGUGCUCUUGCCUUCCAAGAAUUCAUGAUUGUUCCAACUGCUGCUCCAACUUUCUCUGAAGCUUUGAGAAUUGGUUCUGAAGUUUACCACAACCUUAAGUCUCUUGCCAAGAAGCAAUACGGUCAAUCCGCCGGUAACGUCGGUGACGAAGGUGGUGUUGCCCCAGAUAUUUCUACUCCAAAGGAAGCUCUUGACUUGAUCACUGAAGCUAUUGCCAAGGCUGGUUACACCGGUCAAGUUGGUAUUGCUUUGGAUGUUGCCUCCUCUGAAUUCUACAAGGAUGGUUUCUACGACAUGGACUUCAAGAACCCAGACUCUGACAAGUCCAAGUGGUUGACCGGUGAACAAUUGGCUUCCCUUUACGAAGAAUUGAUCAAGGAAUACCCAAUUGUUUCUAUCGAAGAUCCAUUUGCUGAAGAUGACUGGGAUGCUUGGGUCCACUUCUUCUCCAAGGUUGGUGACAAGAUCCAAAUUGUUGGUGAUGACUUGACUGUUACCAACCCAAUCAGAAUCAAGACCGCCAUUGAAAAGAAGGCUGCCAACGCUUUGUUGUUGAAGGUCAACCAAAUUGGUACUUUGACCGAAUCUAUCAAGGCUGCCAACGACUCUUACGCUGCUGGUUGGGGUGUUAUGGUUUCCCACAGAUCUGGUGAAACUGAAGACACCACCAUUGCUGACUUGGUUGUCGGUUUGAGAGCUGGUCAAAUCAAGACUGGUGCUCCAGCCAGAUCUGAAAGAUUGGCCAAGUUGAACCAAAUCUUGAGAAUCGAAGAAGAACUUGGUGACAAGGCUAUCUACGCCGGUAAGGACUUCCAAAUCGCCUCUACUUUGUAAGUAGUUAGCUAUGUGAGACGAUAAAAUAGAAAACGUAAUAUGAUAAAAAACAAUUUACUUGUAGGAUUAUUAUUCAGACAAUCUGAUUGUUAUUACACAUGCUUUUCUCGAAGUAGAAUUAUUCCUCUACUCCAUGCUUGUGGUACUUUUAUUCACACUACAACGAUCUGUCACUUUUACAGUCUAACUUCUCACCAAAUAAAGGCAUUACCCACUAAAUAUUAAAGACACAUUUCCCUGGUAUAUUAUUUAUCGUUAAUAGUAGGCAUUUCAUUGUAGACUUUCCUCUGGUCUGAGAAAAGUAAAAUCUGAAGGUCGCAUUCUUUCCAAUUUUGUUUACUUCGGAGGAAGACUUUCACAUUCUUUAUCAUUCUUGAAGAGAUUGAAGGGAAAGAGAAUAAUAUGGCACAAUCAUAUAGUUAAAGGUGAGUG